GUAUACUGACGUCACAUGGAAACUUUUUGGUCCGCCCCGGACGGACCCGCCCCCCAGCAGGCACCGACGACGCGUUCAAGUCACCUCGGAGCUAAUAGCAUCCGAGCUCCAAGCAUGCGGACUGCGAGGCUCCGGCUGGCCGCCUUCGUGGCGCUGCUGUCGGCGGCGUGUUGCUGCUGCCGCUCGCGGGCGGAGGUGAUCGACGACGUGCUGGGCAGCCUCUCCAAGGGUGCCUCGUUCCUUGAGCGCCAGCACGAGCACAUCAACCUGGACGGCGUGGUGGGCUUCCUCAUGCUGCAGGCCGAGCUGAAGGAGGCAGUGCGGACGUGGCCUCACUCGGACCCGGUCAGCUGGGCUCAGAGGACGGUGGCCGUCGGUCUGGUCAAGCGUCUGGAUCGCAGCUUCGACAAUGCCAUCGCCGCCCUGCGCCAGAAUGACCCCAAGUACUACCAAGAGUUCGAGCCUCUUCUGUCGUGGAAGUUCUGGCAGGUUUCUGAGGAGCGGAGCAGCACUGAUCCCAGCCUGGUGUACGCCGCCACCACCGGCAGCGAGUGCUACGAUGAGCAUCUCAGCGACAAGUGCCUCACGCUGCUGCUGGGAACCUGGAAACAGAAGGGGACGCCGUGCAUCGUGACCAAGCCGUGCCGCGACACCAUGACCCAGUUCGGUUGUCCGCACUACUCGCUGUCCCACCAGCUGCUCUACUUCAUGAUCGGGAAGAUGAAAGGGUGCUCGAACCUGCUGAAGGGCGACACGCGAGCGUCCCGUGCCAACAUGACGGAGCGCAGCUACCAGAAGAUCUUCUGCUCCAACAUGAUGAAGACCAACCAGAACAUCGGCACGGACGGACUCAGCGAGCAGACGGCGGACAUCUUCAUCGAGAACAUCCUCAUCUGCGGAUUGGCCGGCUUCUCCGACUUCUACAAAGCCGAUUGGCUGCAGCACAUCCUCCGACUGCAGGACACCGAGCUCGGCUGCUUUGGCCGUGACCGGAGCAUCAUCUCGCAGAUGAUCGGAGACGAGCUGCUGGAGCAACUGCAGCCUCAUCACCGCGUCAAGAGGAGGGAGAAGAUUCUUCCUGAUGGCUGCUCCAGUCACAUGACGGCUGUGGCGGUGGGCGCCCUGGGAGGAUAUUUAAACUUCUACCUGACGGAGCAGGAUAUAACCAAGAGACCCCUUUCGUGAAGUCCCCCUUUUUCCCUACUCCACAAGAACCCACCCACCGUGGCUCCAAAAUGAAAACUUUAUUCCUGCCUGCUUUUUUUUAAAAAAUUUUUAAAGCUUGAACUCUUAAAUCCACAAGAAUGACAACCAACACUUUUUAAGUCUAGAACGUCCCCCAGUAGAGCAAGACCUCAUCGAAACUGUUCCUGGAUGCCCACCAGCACUUUACUGUAUGUGUUCUUUGUGGACCAGCUUGCUAACAGACCAACAAACACGUUAUAUAAAUAACAUCUAGGUUAAGGGUGUCAAACUCAAGGCCCGCGGGGGCACAUCCAACACUUAUUUUGGCCCGCAAAAACCUUGCCUCAUUUUUUCCUUGACUUUUGUUCUUUGUUCCAAAUAAAAGGAAGUAGUCCACUAAAA